AUGGCUGUUGUUGGCCACAUGCUCAGCGACGCCGAGAAGAGCACUACUUCAUAUCAGCCCCUUCACCCUUCUGUACGGCCCAAGCUGGACCCAGAGUAUGUGGCCUUCCACGACAAAUACAUCCAGUUCGUUGAGCCAGACGACGUACGGCCGUGGCACGCAAUCCAUACGCGACGUCGAAGACCUUUCCCACCAGGGACCUCUCAGCCUGUCUCGGUGAAGGAGGUGAGGGACGUGGACCUGGGGGACUUUCCCGUGAGGAUUUUCUGGCCUGAAGGCGAGACGCCAGAGAGCGGAUGGCCAGUCUUGGUCUGGUACCACGGUGGGGGUUGGGCGAUUGGGGGCAUCGAGAACGAAAAUGAUUUCUGCUCGAGGAUGUGUCGAGACGCAAGCUGUGUAGUCGUCACGGUUGGAUACAGGUUGUGUCCAGAACACCCAUACCCCGUACCUGUAGAAGAUGCACUCGAGGCUUUGGUCUGGGUGCACCGUCAGGCUGCCUCUGGUGCCCUGGGUAUUGAUACAAGCAGAAUAGCGAUCGGAGGGACAUCAGCCGGCGGAAACCUAUCGGCGGUGACAGCGCUCAAAGCAUCAUUACAACAACCUAAGCCCAUUCCUCUCGUUCUACAACUCCUCCUCGUUCCCGUCAUCGACAAUACCGCCACCGUGGAUUCGACAUGGUCAACCCGUACACACGCCCCUUGGCUCACUCCAGCCCGUAUGACAUGGUACCGUGAUAUGUACCUGCCAAACUCGAAAGAUGCUCUGAAGUGGGAUGCCUCACCUAACCUCGCGCCUGCGGAGUUGUUGGGCAAGACCCCCAAGACUUGGAUAGGUAUUGCUGAGCAAGAUCUACUCGCGCCCGAAGCCGCGGCUUUUGCGGAUCAAUUGCGCACUGUGGGCGUCGAUGUCGAUGUUGAGCACUACGCAGGAAUGACUCAUACGAUCCUGGCUAUGAAUGGUAAGUAG